GAAGCGGUUUGAGGACAUCCACUCUCCCACGAUGGACUCAGACAUACUGAAUAUAGAGGAGAUAGUGAUGGGGAAGGGGCCACCGGAUCCCCCUGCAGAACUGACCACUGAGAAACCAGCGGAACCCUACAAACCCAUUUCCUCCUUCAAAGCACCGCCCCCACCCACCAUACAACCAUACCAGCAUGAGAACCUGCAGUGUUUCCAGUGCUUCAUCACAUUCUGUAACUCCAAAGCCAAGGAGAGGCACAUGAAGAAGAGCCAUCGCGAGGAGUACAAGCAGCAGCUCCAGCAGGGAGAUACUCUGUUCACCUGUUAUGUGUGUGACCGGACCUUUCCGUCCUCGGAGGAGCUGACCCAGCACCAGGGCUCACACAACAAGGAGGACAAGCCCUUCAAGUGUCCCCACUGCCAGGAGAGCUUCCGCACCUUCUCUGAGCUGACGACCCACAGGAGACAGGUCUGUCCAGAGAGGCAGUUUGUAUGUAAGGACUGCAGUGAGACCUUCCGCAGCCCUGCCCUCCUUCGUACCCACCGCCUGGCCCAGCACCCCCGUCCAGAGGCAGAGGUGGAAGAGCCAGAUGACCCUACCAAGACGCACCGCUGUGGGAAGUGCAACCGGGGCUUCGAAACGGAGUCUGAGCUAAUAAUGCACCAGGAGAACCACGCCGGUGACCAGCACUGCAACGGCGGCGCCUCACCAGCCAAGAAGCGCGGACGGCCCAUUAAAGCAGAGGACACAGCGGUCGGAGAGAAGAAAGGGAAGAGGAGGAAGAAGAAGGAAGAGGGGACAGAGGAGGCUGAGACUGGAAACAAUGCAGAGGAGGCUGCAGCAGCUCCGGCUGAGACCAAGGGGAAAGCAGCAGCCGGCGGCAGACGGGGUCGUCCUAAAGCAACAGCAGGCGAGGAGGCCAGAGAAGACGACAGUGAAGUCCCAGCAGAGGAGAAGAAACCCAAGGCGGCUCCCGCUCCACCCAAGCAGCACCCCUGCCCUGAGUGUGAGCUCACGUUCCAUGCCCUGGCCCAGCUCCGCGCCCACAAGAAGGAAAAGCACACCCCACGUAAGGCCCACCCCUGCGAGGAGUGUGAGGAGAGCUUUGCCCGUGCCGAGCAGCUAGAAGCCCACAAGAACCGGGCACACACCAAGGGGCGUUACGCCUGCCCUACCUGUGGCAAGAGCUUUGGCCGAGAGAGCAACCUGAAGGCCCAUCAGCAGAGCAGCCACCCGGAGGAGGAGUAGAAAGAGGCAGCGGGCCGCAGCAAGAGAUAAUUCAGAAUGGGGAAGGGGGGGUUUUCUGUAAAGGGAUUGGGGAGGGGACGAAGAAUCAGAGAGGGAUUUUAAAGAAUUAGAAUUUGGUCAAGGGUUUUUGUUGGUUUGAGGUUGGGUGUGAAAUUUAGAUCAUGAGUUUGGAGUGUUUUUAGAAUGUGAGAAAGACGGGUGAGGAAUUUCUUGCAGGAUUUUUAACAGGUGAGCUGAGAUGUCCCACUGAUUGUUCAGCAUUUGCCAUUUUUGGGUUGUGUUAGGAUGUUCAAGGCACACAUCACGCUUGGAAUGACUGACCUACUAACCAAAAGAUGUAAGCCGUUGUUAAACCCAUCUGUCAUACACCUGUGUCUUAUCUGGACUAAGAACAACAGCAAUUAGUUUUGGGCAUCAUGUUUGUUCCCUCAUUUUUGUUUUGAUUAAUAUCUUUUAAAUGAUUAUCAUGAUAAUUGAGUGUUACUGUUU